UUCCUAGGCUGACUAUGGGACGAGGCGACGUUUCAACGGCGACGUCCCCAGCCUCACAGGACUGUACAGCGCGCUCUGGGCCUGACUACCAGCACCAGCUAGUUUACCGAAUAGGGAUUUACGGCUGGCGAAAACGGUGCCUAUAUCUUCUCGUUAUCCUACUAAUGGCUGUCGUCAUCAUUAACUUAGCCCUCACGAUCUGGAUCAUCAAAGUCAUGGACUUUUCUAUCGAUGGCAUGGGAAGUUUGAGGGUCGUUGACCGAGGAAUACGCCUAGAAGGGAAAGCAGAGUUUCUACACGGGCUCUACGCUUCAGAGAUUUGCUCGAGGAAG